AUGGGCCGUGGAGGGGGCUUGGUCAUGGCGGCUUUCCUUUCGGAGGCGGAUGCCUGGGGUAUCAAGCAUCUCUUCCAGCCAUACCGGCUGCAUGUGAAUGAGCGCCGGGUGGUGGUGUUUGAUUCCGAGCAAUCUGUGGCUGCCAAUCUGCAUUUGGUUCAUCAGGAUGACCUCACCGGGGCCAACUAUCCCUUGAUCAAGGAAUUUCUCCUCGAGUUUGGCGAGGUGAUCCCAUGCAAUGCUGACUUUCAGGCGGGUAUGGGAUUGGUGGCCGUGACAAUAUUUCCUGGAGCAGAGUUCGCGGUCAAGGGAGGCAAGGGCCGGAUUCGAUCUUGGGCAGAGGCCCAAGCUUCCCUCCUGAAGGGGCUGGUGGGUUGGAUCAACCGCCAAGAACACCGCAGUGCCAAUGGCGCCAGAUCUCAGAAGGUUAUGGUGCUGAAGAAGAUCCUUCAGCUGAAGCGCCGAGUUCAGGCUGCUGUAGACAUGUCGCAUGAUACUUGGCAUGGCAUUGAGUACAGCAGUGGAGCACAAAGAGUGAAUGAAGCAGCAGCACCUGCUGUGCCGGACCAGAGGGUUCCUGUGGCCGUUUCCCGUGAAGCUGUUUUGGUCACAGAAGCAAGUGCUUCGCUGGAGCCUUCGGUUACCCAUGAAGUUGGCCACCUGGUUUUGGAAACAGGACCAAGUGCUUCGCUGGAGCCUCCGGUUACCAAUGAGGUUGGCCCCCUGGUGUUGGAAACAGAACCAAGUGCUUCGCUGGAGCAUUCGGUUACCCCUGAAGUCGGCCAGUUGGUGUUGGAAACAGAACCAAGUGCUUCGCUAGAGCAUCCGGUUACCCGUGAAGUUGGCCAGUUGGUGUUGGAAACAGGACCAAGUGCUUCGCUAGAGCAUCCGGUUACCCGUGAAGUUGGCCAGUUGGUGUUGGAAACAGAACCAAGAAGCGAAAACUUCGUCGCCUGGAGCGAGGGUGGCCCCACAGGAUACUGCAUUGACUUGGCAAUCGCAACUUUGGGAAUUCCCGGAAGCUUAUGCAGCCUGCCUGCCAAGAGUUUGGUCCGCCGGGGUUGGGAGUUCCCGGAGGAUUUGCAUUGUGACAGCGAGCAGGAGAUGACUCAGACACUUCUGCGGAACGGGGUGGCCCAGAUGGAAGCCCGGAGUGGCAUCCUUGUUCCGCCGCCUGUGGGUGGAGAUGCGGCUCCAACUAAGAGGGCCUUGGGCCCGUUGUUUGAUGAGGCGGCUAUGACACCGAGAAAAACUUCGAACUUUAGCCGGAUGACUCCAGAGGGCCCAACUCCAGACACAUUGUUGAUCCCCCACUCCAUUGACUGCUAUGGAGAGCAUGCUUAUGCUUCCUCGACAAAGUUGGACACCUGUGAAAAAGAUGCCUUGAGAGAUCCGGCUCCUUUUCUGCAAGAUUGA